AUUUGAGCUGGAAUCCAUGCUGAAUCGACUCAGAAUUCCGAACCGGUUCCGGAAUGGUUUGACUGGGUAAAGGUAUAAUAAUGUCGGACAUUUUGAAAUGUCUAUAUGAGUCGCUGUCAAUUCAGUCGAGCUCAGCUCCCAAACGGAAUGACGACACUAACGCACCUGGUAAUUAUAUCCCUAGAAAAUGUCUUCGAUUUUUACACAACUGAAGUUGAACGUCUGUUCUCUAUGGAUACAAGUUUAUGGAAUCUUCAGAGACUUUUAUGGACGUAAAAUACGUUUUCAUUGAUUGAAGUGAGCUAUUGUUAAGCAUUUCUCACCUCUUUUAAAACGUUUGAAUCAAAUAAUCACAUAUAAUCCACCUUCCUAGUUCAAAUAACUCCGUCAACAGUUAAUUGGAAUUGCAUCGUUCCCAUUCUAAGUUACAUAUUUAUAUAGUUUUCGACAUACAUAUUUUCGAAGCACUCGUCUGCUUGGCAUGAAUAAAUAACAAUUCUCUGCCGUCAACGUCUACAAAGGUGCUACAUCUGCAUGUUUCAUUUCCCUCCAUAUCAUUUCAUUCCAGUUCACAAUUCUAGGUGCUAUUGAAUGUGAACUUAUUCAGAGUGGAUGCAUAACUAAUCGAUUUGAGGAGACUGGGUAUUUUUGGGUCACUAUUUACAGCAGCAUUCAGUAGUCGGGGGCGUGUGACCAUAUCCUAUAGGAGUAGGGCUGCUCGUUUAGAAGGGCUAUGUUGUGCUAUGCUUGCUGCUUUAUAAACCCAUCGAAGCAAUCCAUCGACAAACCAUAAUUAUUUCCAUCACGAAUACGAAAUCUGUCACGCGUUACGCAAAUUUUCCACCUGGUUUUUCGAGGAAAGGGUGCUUUCGAAAUUACAAGUUUCGGAAUUUCGUUCUUUGACUUGCUCAGUUUCUGCUCAGAAUUUCUUUGUUUGAAAUGGAAAAUUGCGAGACCGGCUGCGAGGCACCAUGUCCCGAAAACGCUGCUGAGGUUCCCUGCGAGACAUUCGUUCAGCCUUGCACUGUUGAAGGUGCUUGUGACAAUGACGUUCCGUGUGACAUCAUAGUACCAGAAGUCGGUUGCAAUCCGUGCGUGGGCAGCAUCUCGCAACCAGCCAUGACCGAGUGCUGCGGUGGAAACCCCGACCUGCCGAGGCAACGGUCACAGGGCAAUAUCCCCCAGCAGCAAUGCUACGACUGUUCCUGUGGACGACCCGACUGUAUGCCGAUGAAAAAAGUGCGCUAUAUUCAACCAACGAGAAGGCAACCGUGCAAACCGGUCGCCUGCUACAAACCCCCGGAAGUAGAAUUUCAAGGUGAUUCCAUAUACAAGACAUCGUACUAUGCCGACCCAGCGACGAUCGUUUGCAAUGCGCGACCCUUGCCAAUACCGCCACGCAACAACCUGGCGAUGGCCCCUGGCUGCCUAGAGAAAAAUACCACCACAUCGUUGUCUUUUCCCUGUUACAAUAACGUAGAGCGCCAGAAACCUAUCAUACCCACCGGUAAUCAAUUAACAGGAGCGGGCCCGAUUCAAGAGAUCACCACAACACGCCACGAUUUUGUUGCGAAAACAACACCGAAGCGAUACAAAAUUAUACCCGAAGGUCACAUUCGCAGCGUGAGCGCUCCGUUCGAAAAACAAACCGUUAACAAGCUCUCAUUUGGCAGCCCAAAUAUGGCGCAUUUCACACCAGCUCGGUCGUGCAAGCCGAUUCGGGAGUAUACAAGAUCUGAAAUUCCAAUGGAAAGCGAUACUACAUCCAAACUAAGCUAUCCACCAGUGUGUCUAGGCCCUAAAGAAGAAGUUCCCUGGGCGCGCCGAGAAGUAUAUCAACCUCCGGCUAUAGCGAUGGAGCACGACACAACCUACAAGAAAAGCUUUAUACCCAACUGUAACAACGAACGAGCGAAGAUGGUUCCCCCAUUCAAUAACUUAUAUGUACCUGCUGAUUCCGGGUUUGAAUCAAAGACAGUCUACAAAGAAAGUUAUCACAAUGGUUGUGGAGAACGUCCCCCGGCAAUUCGUCCUGUUGAACAGUUGCGAAUUCCGAACCAAAAGUUGCAAGAUGACACCGUUUACAAGCUUUCCUUCCCCGUGUACUGCAACGCGGUACGUCCGGCAGCGAUCCUUCCUAGGCCUGCACCUCUGAUAGGCGACGGACCGAUUCAGGAAAUAACCACCACCAGACAUGACUUUGUCUGUAAAAGUGGAAUGAAACGUGAGCUCAUCAUGCCAAAUAAUUUGCUACACUUAGCGCCUGGCAAAUUGGAAAGUGAAACCGUGAACCGGUUAUCCUAUCCAGCCAACAAGGAGAACAUUGUCCCAACAGUGUCCUGCAAGCCGAUCAACGUGUACAAACGACCUGAAGAACCUAUGGAAAGCGAAACUACCCAGAAACAGAGCUAUAUGCCGGUCUGUCCACCACCAAAAGAGCACUACCCAUGGGCUGUACGGGCCAGAUACCAACCACCUCCACUGCCAAUGGAAACAAAUACAACCGCCAAGCUGAGCUAUCCUCCGCCGGGACAGUUUAUCGAAGAAUCUUGCGGAUCCGCUACCGGUCCGUGUUGUCAGUCUUGUGAACCGGCCAUGGUGAACUGUUGUGGAAAUCUUAUGCCUGACAAUGGAUGCUACCCACGGGCGGCCAUAGUAAGCUAGAACAUAUUAUGGGGAAAGGAACGCACAUGUAGAAAAACCACAACACUACCAAAAUCGUACUAGAAUGAAAAGCAGAAACCCCAAAUUUUGUACCAUAGACCAAAGAAAAAAAUAUUCUUCCUGUAGAUUAUCUGUAUUUAUUAAAAUUUCUUUGUAGUAUCUAUUUUACGUUAUCGAUGAACUAAAUUAUAUUGUCAUGUACAUGCUAUGUGUUCCCAA